AGAGAGGCCACAGCCGGCGAGCGCCGCUGGGGCAUCUCGCUCACCUCCGGCAGCCGCACCUGCCUCCCCGCGAGAUGAUUGGGGUCCUGCUCCUGCUCCUGCUCUUCCUCCUCCCCUUUCUCCUGUACAUCGCUGCACCCCAGAUCAGGAAAAUGCUGUCCAGCGGGGUGUGUACAUCAACCGUCCAGCUUCCUGGGAAGGUCGCUGUGGUCACUGGAGCCAACACAGGCAUCGGGAAGGAGACAGCCAAAGAGCUAGCUCAAAGAGGAGCCCGUGUAUAUUUAGCUUGCCGGGAUGUGCAAAAGGGGGAGUUGGUGGCCAGAGAGAUCCAGAUCAUGACAGGGAACCAACAGGUGUUGGUGCGGAAACUGGACUUGGCUGAUACUAAAUCUAUUCGAGCCUUUGCUAAGGACUUCUUAGCAGAGGAAAAGCAUCUCCACAUUUUGAUCAACAACGCAGGAGUGAUGAUGUGUCCCUACUCCAAGACAGCCGACGGCUUUGAGAUGCACAUAGGAGUCAACCACUUAGGUCACUUCCUCCUGACCCACCUGUUGCUAGAGAAGUUGAAGGAAUCAGCCCCAUCAAGGGUAGUGAAUGUGUCUUCCUUAGCACAUCACCUGGGAAGGAUCCAUUUCCAUAACCUGCAGGGUGAGAAGUUCUACCAUGCAGGUCUGGCCUACUGUCACAGCAAGUUAGCCAACAUUCUCUUUACCCAGGAACUCGCCCGGAGGCUAAAAGGCUCUGGCGUUACAACGUACUCUGUACACCCUGGCACAGUCAACUCUGAAUUGGUUCGGCACUCAUACCUCAUGAGAUGGAUUUGGUGGCUUUUCUCCUUCUUCAUCAAGACCCCUCAGCAGGGAGCCCAGACCAGCCUGUACUGUGCCUUAACAGAAGGUCUUGAAGUUCUAAAUGGGAACCAUUUCAGUGACUGCCAUGUGGCAUGGGUCUCUGCGCAGGCUCGUAAUGAGACAGUAGCAAGGCGGCUGUGGGAUGUCAGCUGUGACCUGCUGGGCAUCCCUGUGGAUUGACAGCUGGGAGUAUUCAAAAUAGCCACAAAGGAACAGUAUUAAACUGGACCCCCGUGCAGGUAAAUGAUCAGAGAUGGAGCAGACCUGUGUCAUUCAGUCUUUGAUACAAUGGAAAAUGAACUCUAUAUGCUGAUAACUACCCACCAAGAAGCACAUGGGUGGCAGGGAAGAAGUCCAAAAAAGAGAAGAAUCCUGGAAGAUAAUGCAUGCAAAGGCAAUGAAGGGACUGGAAAAGGGUUUUAAAAAAAACCACACACACACUCACACAACAGCUAAAUAUGUUAGUAAUAUCCAGCAAUAGAAGAAUUGAGGGUGACCACCUGAGUUCAAGUAAGACGGGAAAGGCACUAUGUUAAGCAUCAAUCAACCUAUGUGGUAGAAAAAAACCCCCAGACAAACAAAAACAAACAAACAAACAAAAACCCUCCAAUUAUUUAUUCAGCAAAAUUAUCUUAAGGACUGAUAUUGGUAAUUAUAGUCAAUUUAAAAAUCUUUCAGGGCAUUUCCUUACGUUAUCUUGACAAGAUUAAAAUGUGUACUGUAUUUGCUAGAAAUCUACAAUUUAUUUGGAGAAUGUUUAUCAAAAGUAAUGCUGCCAAAGGAAGGCUGAGAAAUUGGUACUGUUCCAUCACUUGUUUGGAGUACAUUCUUCUAAUAGAGUUUGUGAUUUUCUUGGACUAACAAUUUACAUGUUCACUUUGGUGGAGAAAAGAGUUAUAGGACCACAGUCUUCUCAUAUUUGUAAAUAAUCUUUUGUUGAACUUGUUUUGACCAUUAGGCUAUAUAUUUAGACAUGGUCAUUUUAUGGAAAAAUUGGAAAACUUUUGAUAAUAGUGCACAACUGAAUUAAUAUUUUACUUAAUUUAUAUUAACUGUCAAUGACAAAUAAAAAAUUUG